UUAUGAAAACUUAUGCUAUUUACUGAAGUUUUUAUAUGUGUUGUAUGAUUUUCUGUCAAUGCAUUAUUCACUGAUGUACUAUUUAGUGUGUUACAAAUCUAUGUUGAGUCUUGUUCUAUGUUGUGGCAAGGAUUGUUGAAUAAAAAUAUUUGCUUUGUUAAGGAGAGAAAGAAAGGCUAGCAACAUGGAUAGGAUUUGGAGCAGGAGUAACAGGAGUUAUGAUAUUCAUGCUUUCGUUUUGGUUUUUAUUGCAGUGUAUGCAGAGAAGAUAUAAAGAAGAGAAAGAAAAUAGACAAGCUCUUCAAUUACUUUGCUUAGGAGAUGAAAAAAAUAUUUUACAAGAGAAGCUUCAGAUGGAAAAUCAAGACUUCUCUGUUUUUCCUCUAGGCCAGAUACUCGAUGCUACACGACAUUUCUCUGAAGAAAAUAAGCUCGGUGAAGGUGGGUUCGGCCCUGUGUACAAGGGUGUAAUAGCAGAUGGUAAGGAAAUUGCAGUAAAAAGGCUUGCAAGAGCAUCUAGGCAAGGGGUACAAGAGUUCAAGAAUGAAGUUAACUUAAUUGCCAAAUUACAACAUAAAAAUCUUGUGAGACUUUUGGGGUGCUGCUUCGAGGAAAAAGAAUUACUUCUCAUCUAUGAGUACAUGCCCAACAAGAGCCUUAAUUUUCACCUAUUUGAUUCGACAAAGGGUAUGCAUUUGGACUGGAAGAGACGCGUAAGCAUCAUUAAUGGAAUUGCACGGGGUCUUUUGUAUUUGCAUGAGGAUUCUCGACUCAAAAUUAUUCAUCGCGAUCUCAAAACUGGUAAUAUUUUAUUAGAUCAUGAGAUGAAUCCAAAGAUAUCAGACUUCGGAAUGGCCAAGAUAGUUUGUCAAAAUCAAAAUGAAGCUAAUACCAAUAGAGUUGUUGGAACAUUUGGAUACAUGGCCCCAGAGUAUGCUAUGAAGGGAAUAUUUUCUGUUAAGUCAGAUGUUUUUAGUUUCGGAGUUCUUCUAUUGGAGAUAAUAAGUGGGAGAAGAAAUACUGGAUUUUCUCUUUCUGAACAUAGUCGAAGCCUCCUUACUUAUGCAUGGAAACUGUGGUGUGAAGGAAAUGCAAUAGGGUUGAUGGACCCAUUACUUGCACAAUCAUGUGUUCCAGCUGAAUUAUUGAAAUUUAUCCAUAUUGGAUUGUUGUGCGUUCAGGAGAAUCCAGCGGAUAGACCUACAAUAUCAUCUGUGAUUUUUAUGUUGGCAAGUGACAAUGUAAGACUUCCUAUGCCAUAAACUGUAUUUUCUGUUCGCCGAUUUGUUGGGAAAUCAGUUUAGAUGUGUUAUGAAACAUGUAAAGUGUGA